AUAUAUUAACUUGUAACUUGUAGCUUCAGGGCUCUCCUCCUUCAUUGGUCCUUUUCUUCUCUACUCAUCAUCUCCCCGGUCUCUCUCUUUCUAGCCUCUCUUUGAUCUCCAUGACUCCUGUUUAUCAUUCUUCUUUUUCUCCUUUUCUCAUAGACCUUAAUGAAGACCAACAACACAACCAAUUCUUCUGUUCUAAAUCUACAGAAGAGGCUUCUUCAUCUUCUUCUUUAUCCUACCCAGUUCUCAUCAACCCAUCUCAAGAAGAUGCAGGUUUUUACCAUGGGGAAUUCCACCAGCCAUUAAUACGGCAUCAAGAACAGGCUGGUGGGUCAUGGGAUCAUCCACAACUUAAGAACGAGAACGAGAAUGGGUUCAAAUUUUCUGUUUGCAAGGAAGAAGACAGAAAUGAAGAUCAACGAGAAAACAGUUCAGUUAAGUGGAUGUCUUCAAAGAUGAGGUUGAUGAGGAAGAUGAUGAGCUCGGAUCAAAUAGUUUCCAGUACACCAGAGACUUCUAUGACGAAGUUUGAAGAUGAAAAAGCCGGAUCAUCUCCUUCACAAGAUGAUAAUAGAAGCCAAAAUUUCUCUAGCAACAGUAACAACACAAUUAGGGUUUGUGCUGACUGUAACACAACUAAGACCCCUCUUUGGAGGAGUGGACCACGAGGUCCUAAGUCACUUUGCAACGCCUGUGGAAUCCGGCAAAGGAAGGCGAGAAGAGCCAUGGCUGCAGCUCAAGCAAGUGCAAAUGGCACAAUUUUUGGUCCUGAGAUAGCAGCCAUGAAGACCAAAGUGCAAACUAAAGAGAGAAAACCAAGCAACAGUCAUCUUCCAUUCAAGAAAAGGUGCAAAUUUACAGCGCAAGUUCGAGGAAGAAAGAAACUUUGUUUUGAGGACUUAUCAAUAAUCUUGAGCAAGAAUUCAGCUUUUCAUCAACAAGUUUUCCCUCAAGAUGAGAAGGAAGCAGCAAUCUUACUUAUGGCUCUAUCUUAUGGUCUUGUUCAUGGUUGAGUCUUCAAUUUUAGAUUUCUUUGUUUGUUUAGCCAUAAUAUUAGAACUACGUACCCUGAAAAGCUAGAGUUCAUAUUUUGUGUGAGAGAGAAAUGGAGCCAUGAUGUCUGCCUGUGAGAAAUCCAAAUUCAAUAAGAAGGAAUAAUUAGUGUUGUGAUCUGCGGAGCUAAUUGUACUAUCAGAGGUUAUAUAUAUCAAGCUUAAUUAACUAAUAACAAAGAGUGUUCAAGCUUUUUGUUGUUUUAAUAAAGCUUUAUUUCUA